AUGAUUAUCAACGAGAAUCUGACUAUUGUUGGUGAGAAACUAACGCUAGUGCCAUAUAAAGAGAAACAUGUAGAAAGAUACCACAAAUGGAUGUCGAACGCUGAUAUACUCGAAUUAACAGCUAGCGAAGCACUCUCCCUUGAAGAAGAAUACGCGAUGCAAAAAAGUUGGCACAAAGACGCUGACAAACUCACUUUCAUUCUUGUUGAUAGCGCGAUAAAAGAUUAUAGACUUCUGGAUGGCGAAGAACGCGAGGAACACGGUCAGCCAAUUGGCGAUGUCAACAUAUUCCUCAACGAGGAUGACGAUAUUGAUAUUGCAGAAUGUGAGAUCAUGAUAGCUGAACCAACACAUCGCUGGCGCGGUUUCGCAACUGAAGCGCUAACUCUAUUGCUCGGAUAUUACACUCAACAUGUCGAUAACACUCAGAAGCGCAUUUUAUCUGUAAAAAUUAGUUAUAACAACAAACCUUCCCUUAAGUUGUUCACUAAAAUGGGCUUUGUCGAACAUAAGCGUGUUGAAGUUUUCCAAGAAGUCGAACUUAGA